AUGUCAGGAAGAGGAUAUGGUGGUCUCGGGGGGGACCCUUACGUGAACGGCAAUUCUACUGGAUAUGCGAAUGGGAAUGGAUAUGGAAAUGACAGCUGGAAUGGGAAUGCAAAUACAAAUGCAAGUGCCUAUCCGGGACAAAUAACUGAAGAUGGAAGUUAUGAUCCCUAUGGCUCUGGCCCUGAUCGAUAUGCCACUCCACCCCCUAUACCAGAAGGGCUUCGAACACCAUCACCUUCUAUGCCUCGAACACCCCGAUCGAGAGGUCUUUCACGACCAAGAGAACCAGCUGGCAGACCAAAGUUAGAGGAAACCAACGCAGAGAAACAGAUUGGGGAAGUGCUAGAACACAUUAAGACGGAAUGGCCUGCGUUGUGUCAAAAUGAAUGUGUGCCAGUACAGUUGGCAUUGCAGCUUCUAGACACGAGUUCAGUUGGCAAGGCUCAUGAAUAUGCGCAGUUUCAACAAUCGAUGCAAUAUCUACAAGACUCUUUGAAGAAUAUCGUACAUGAACAUCAUCAGGGAUUCAAUAGUUCUAUUGGUACUUUCCAUAAGAUUCAAACGAGUAUUCAGACAUCGCAGAAGAGGGUACGCACAUUGAAGGAUUCGCUCGCACAAUCGAAAGCCAAUCUCUCGACUACGGAUCCCGAAUUGAGGAAAUUGGGCGCGGCCUCGACGAUUUAUGAUCAAUUGUUACAUACACUCUCGGAGGUGGAGGAGUUACGGCUGGUUCCGGAUCAAUUAGAAGCACGGAUUUCAGAGAAGAGAUUCUUGACUGCGGUAGAUGUGUUGCAGGAUGCGUUGAGGAGAAUUCGAUCGCCUGAGUUGGAUGAUAUUGGAGCUUUGAGUGAAUUGAGGACUUAUCUUGCUAAUCAGGAAACGGCCUUGACGGAUAUAUUGAUUGAGGAACUUCAUGAUCAUUUGUAUCUGAAGUCGCCUUACUGCCAGGAGAGAUGGCAGAUGCUGGCUAAGACUCAAGGUGGUGCUGCGAAAGAGAAGUUCGAGAGUUCAAUGACAGUGAGGCCAUUUUUCGAGGUUCUUGACACGAUGGAUUUGGCAGAGCCGAUGGUAGAAGAUGCGUCAAGAAACCCAGAAGCGGAUACAUUCUACUAUGUGGAACUAUUGACAGAGGCAUUGAAUAAGCUGGGUCGUUUGGAUAUUGCCGUGAAUACUAUCAAACAGAGACUUCCUGUCGAGCUAUUUGGCAUUGUCAAUGAGACUAAUAGCGAAGUCGAUCAAAAACAUCCAAGCUCUUUACGUGGUGGACUCGCAUCUACACAGGGAAACCAAACAUUCUCUAGUCGAGAGAAUACGAUUCGUACCGAUGUUAUCUAUGAUCUAUUAUGGACGUUGUACGCGAAGUUUGAGGCUAUUGCUGAGGGUCAUCGUGUAUUUCAUGAUGUGGUAAAGGCUAUCACAAAAAGAGAAGGCAUGAGGAAUUCAGUCAUACUUCUUGGUGGUUUCAGGGAAUUAUGGAAUCUAUACCAGAACGAAAUUCGCUCCUUGCUGCAUAAUUAUGUCACUACAGAUGCGGAUGUCUACCAAUUCGAUUCUCCCAGACCUGGUGCAUCGAAAUCGUCUAAGCUAGAAAAGCUAUUUAGGUUUUCGGAUGCUGAUGCUAAGUCUGUUUCUAUGACGACUGAAUAUGAAGAUCUGGAGAACAUCAUCAGAGCUGCUGUACCGGGUCUCAUGUCGAGCUCGAGGAAAUCAGGUGCCGAUAGUAAGAAAGUGAAAUCCUUCUUGGAGAGCUCUGUGGUCAGAAAUGGAACAAAACGUUUGACUGGUUCCGCUUUUGAUGCUAAAACGGGUGGUAUGGGAACUCACAAGUCUUUGGUAGAGCCGAGUGUGUUCAACAUGAGUCUGUUGUUGCCUCCUACUUUGAGCUUCCUACAAAGAUUAAAGGCCAUUGUUCCACCUGGUUCGGAUUUGGUUACAAGUACUUUGACGUCGUUUCUGGAUAACUUCCUUGUCAAUGUAUUUCUACCUCAACUUGAUGAAACUCUAGGCAAGCUUAGUGAUUCAGUAUUUGAGGAGACAGAUGCAUUCCAACAAGAUGCUCAAUGGGCAAGAGUUUCCAGGCGACCUAUUUUCAAAGGCACAGCUGCUUUCUUUACAUUAAUUACAGCUUUUUGCAGGAUGUUGGAUACAAUUCCACAUGAUCAAGCAUUGAGUCAACUUAUCAUCACGCAAAUGAUGAGAUAUUAUGAUAGAUGCUAUGACUGGUUCAAAUCGCUCGUAUCACGAGUUCGAGAUUCCGAAGGUUCGACAUUGAAGCUCUCUGCACUGCUUGCUAGUGAAGCUGGUGAUAUUCACGAUACCAUGCAGAAGAUAUGGACAAGUGAAGAAGUCGAUUAUCAAUUACUAGACGAGGAAACUGGCCUUUUAAUUCUACAGACAAAUGAGAAUCCUCUUCAGGCGGAUGAUCUUAUUUCAGAUCGUGAAACUAUCUCUUCUCUUUGCGUUUUAUACACCAGUAUGAAAUGGUUAGCUAUCAAAAUCGGUCAGCUGAGACAUAUCACGAGAAAUGAUGCAGAUUCAUCUCGUACACCAUCAAUGCAGAAACCUCCUCAUAGACGUUGGACUUUACUAAAUGAUCCUGCGAGAGCACAAGAUGAACAGGGUGUGGUUUAUCUUCCAAUGACGCAAGAAACUGUUGUCGCCUUCGAUUCAAUCGUUUCCUCAUUCCAAGAACUAGCCGCUACUGUCCUCCUAACCCUGCACAUGGAAACACGCAUUCAAAUCCUUCACUCCCUAGCACGCGUUCUCUCGCCCUCCUCGGGAUCAAAUACUUACCCAUAUAUUCUUUCCCAACCUGUCUCAGACCCUGACCCAACUAUCCUUUCUCUAAACGCAGACUUAGUGGCAUAUGAUGAAACGAUAGUGAAGUUCUUAAGAGAGAAAGAAAUGAACUUCGUGAGAAAGGGACUUGGAUUAUUGAUUGAUACAUUCAUGGUCGAUAACGCGCCGAAAAUCCAAAGAAUAAAUAAAGAGGGAGGAAAAAGAAUGAGAUUAAACGUACUAGUACUGCAGCAAAACUUGAAGGGCGUAGAGGAUGGAGUGGGCUUGAUUAGGAGUGGAAGAUAUUGGGGAUUGUUCGAGGAAGGACCUGAUGGGAUUGUGGGUUGGGCGAAGGAGAAGGGUGGUGCGAAUGCUGGGAAUGCGAACGGGGAUGGGGAGGGUGAGGAUCAGGAGGUCAAGUUUACUUAUGAUGAGUUGAAGGGGUUGGCUGAGUUGUGCUUUAGUGAACAGUUGGGAAGUAACGAGAGAGGAAUCACGACAGUGGCUAAGAGGGGAAUGGGAGAGUGUAUGUUGCAGUUGAGUGAGCAUAUGUGGCAGAGCUGA